AUGACAAAUAACCUGCGUCUUGCCGGCGCAUCCAUAUCGCGUGUGCGCUGGCGAGCCAUGGGUAUAGGCCCGCUUUAUGAGACUCGGCGUAAGAUCUUUGAUGGGGCAGCCACUCAUAAGCCUGUCCUUAACGCAGAAGAUGCUACCCGAACUUGGGAGAAUCCUGAUCCACGAUUUCAACUUCUCAGCACCGGAAUUGGUGCCACACGGUAG